GUAGAGUAGGGAAAGGAAGGAAGGAAGGAAGAAACAGCGUUAUUCCAGUGUCCCUUUUGAUUUUAAUUUUAUUUUCAUUUUUGAAGAUAUUUUUUUAAAAUCUCCCUGGCCUGGCCUGGCCUGGGACUGUGGAGAAUAUAUUCUUUUACCUGUUUUGAUUUCUUCUUCUUCUUUUGAGAUUCCAUGUGAUCCCGCCACCAACACAAACUCUUCUAUUCUCGCGAAAUAGUCGAUUCUUCUCUCCGUUGAUUCAGAAGCUUCGUAGAUAUUUAUUUAUGAAGAGGCGAGAUUGAUUGAGGAUGCUUUGUGGUUCUUCUUUGCGAGAUCGAAUACAGCCUUGGCUACGCGACUACGUUAAGCUCCAAUCUCUCGCCGUCUUCCUUAUUUACAUCCAGAUUGGUUGCGCGCUGAUUGGAUCACUAGGCGCAUUAUACAAUGGCGUUUUACUCAUCAACUUAGCGAUUGCCUUGUUCGCGCUUGUGGCUAUCGAGAGCAACAGCCAAAGUCUCGGCCGCACAUACGCCGUUCUCCUCUUCUGUGCUCUUCUUCUCGAUGUCUCCUGGUUCAUCCUCUUCACCGAAGAGAUUUGGAGCAUUUCGGCAGAGACGAAUGGGACCUUCUUCAUAUUCUCAGUGAAGCUGACGAUGGCCAUGGAGAUGGUUGGCUUCUUUGUCAGGCUCUCUUCCUCUCUCUUGUGGUUUCAGAUUUACAGGCUGGGAGCUUCUAUUGUCGACACUUCUUCUGAUUUGAGAAACAGUUUCUUGAAUCCGCCAACUCCUGCUUCUGCUGCUGCUGCUAUUGACAGGCAGUGUUCUUCAGGUGCUGCUGCUGCUGAAGAAAUCUUGGGUGGUUCUAUCUACGACCCUGCCUACUACACCUCUCUUUUUGAUGACGCCCAAUCCAAUUUGAGUUCACCAAAGGUGAAUCAUUAUUCAGCUGAGAACAAUGGAUCACCAUCUGCUGCAGAAGCCUCUCGGAUUAUGUCCCCCGGAUCCAGAUCAUUGCAUGCUAUUGAUGAAGAGAAAGGUCUGAAACAACCGCCGGGAAUGUCUUCAUCAUCAUUAUGAGCAAACUACAUUCAAGAACGGUGGUGCUACUUUAGCAUCUAAAGAAACAAGAAGUAACUGCUUCGCUAGCUGAGGUUUAGAGUUCGAAGGCAUGAAAUAAUCUCUAUGUUCUUCCAAAGGACAAGAAGAAUUAUAUAUCACCUGGCAGAAGAUGAGAUUCUAUAUGUUGACGACAAGUAAGCACAGUUUCUACUUUGUUUUUUUUCAUUUUGUACGAAAAAUCAUUAUUUUUUUGGAGGGGAUAUGUGUGGUUAGAGUUAGAGUCAGAAUAUACUUUGAUGCAUAUCAUAAGAUUCUUUCCCGGUUUUGCUUUUGUGUAAAUGGAGAUACAAUUUCUUUCUUUUGGGGUUGCAAUGGAUGGAGAGAGUGAAGAUUCUGAGAUUUAGAUGUCUCGUCGUCCUUGUGUAUGAAUAUUAAAAGUAGAUGAUCCUGGAUUCCAAAAAUAUUGAUAGACCAA